GAAAGUUUCUGUUAUAAGUGAAACAUUUGUGAGACAGUUCCGUUCCUUCAACAGUUGCGCCAACUUCCUUCAACAGUUGCGCCGUGGAGACAAGGCCUUAGGAGUUUAGCAAACUGUUAUCUGAUUUUCAAAUAUAUAUUCGACGAGUUUUGAAGUUUAUCGCUGUCCCGAAUCCGGUCGCUAUCUUUGUGAGAGGAUGUUUGACGGAAAUCGCGUACACAUGUUUCUGCCGAUGCAAUCCUCCCCUAAUCCUAACUUAAGAGGAAACUUUUUCAUUUUAACAUUAUGGUUUUAAUUCCUGCCGUUUGUUCGAUAAGCAUCCUAAUCAUGCAGUGUUCGGAGUGGGCUGUGAACAUACUGGAUAUUUUCUUCACUUUCGCGAUUCAAUCCGAAUCCAUCCAAGCGUUCCUAGGUCCCGUGAUUCCAUCCAUGUUCCACUCGGGGUGAUGCAUCCAAGCGUUCUUGGAACUCGGAGUGAUUGACUCAUGACGUCAUUACUUUUUCAUCCACUUGCAUCCGAUCAACCCACCUCGGGAGAUGGAUUUACGCGUGACUCGCGGUGACUAACCUCAAAAAGUUCAUCUCAUCGUUAGAAUUCCGCCAUAAUUGUCAGCAUUACUUCCAGUGGUCAAAAUGUUGAAAGUCCAAACCACUAUAGGGGUGGAAAUUCAAUGGAAAAUUGUCGAACAUGAACUGUUCACAAAAUUAAAAAAUUCUCCUGAGCUGCAGAAGCAGUAUGCUAUCCAGCUAGUCUGCGAAAAUGUUAAAAGUGGAGCCCUUAAACCGUGUACCCUUGUUGGGUGGGAGCUUGCAGAAAGUUUGGAAGGCUCUUCACAACAAGUUGAAGAAGGUGUAAGGCAGCCUACAGGUUCCCCGGAUUCCGCUUCUACCGGAAUGGAAGUUGGUGAGUUUUCAGGCGAGCUUUCGACUCCUGUUCUGACAGAUGUAACUGGUAAUGAGAAUAUUCCUGACAAUAAUGUCCUUUGGAGUUGGGCUCCAACAAAGCUGCUCAUCAAUAUAAGACUGUCCAUGGACCCAGAUUUCGUGCGGCCUAAGUGCAGUAAGAAAGCGCUGUGGAACAGAGUCUCCGCCAAAAUGAAAGAAAAAGGUUACACUUUCACAGAUAAGGAUUGCAAAGAAAAAUUUAAAAAUUUAUAUGCUACCUACAGGCGAAAUGCGGCAAAAGCCGGCCCGAACGGGACUGGGGAAGAAGCGAUCAAAUGGCCGCAUUAUCAGGAAUUUAAGGAAGUUUUCCAUAAAAAAGCCAAAAUCAACAUCCCCCCCCAAUUAUUGGGCUCUUCCAUGAACCCAGAUAGUAUCUCGACUGAUAUUUGCUCUGAAAAAGUGAGUGAGGAUUGUUCAGAUGUAGAUGACCCUGAGCCUAAUGCUUCAACUUCAAAACAAAAGGGGAAGAAAAAACGGGUCAUUAUGACUUCCAAAGUUUAUUACUCGGAAAAAUUAGCAUUGGAAAAGCGAAAGCUAGAGGCCAAAAAAGAGCGAGAUGAAGCGAGGGAGCAAAUGAAAAAAGAAUACAGAGAAAAGAAAUUAGAGCUCUUGGAAAAGCUUGUCCGUAACAAAACAGGCGACUCAUCGUAAAUCUUCCUUACUUUGGUUUUGACAAUUUCUUCAUUCUUUCUCAAUUUUUCUACCAUUUUUUGGUGCUACUUCAGGCAUUUUUCUUUUUUAAACUUUAAAUAAGUUGUUUCUUGGCGGAAUGUUCCGGUUCUCUUAUAAGCUUGUCUGUGAAAAAUUAAUGGACUUCAUUUAGCUAUGGAGACUCUCUCAGGCGAGGAGACGCCAAGCAACUAUUUAUUGAUCGCAAUAUCAAUCAAAAAUGGAUGGGACUCAGGAAGCAUUCUAAUAUUUUGAAAAAUUCGAAAAACCCUGCCUAAAGGAGUGGUAUCAGUGAAAGAUUCAUGCAAAAAGACACGUUGAGUGACUCGCAAAUCAAUCGAAAA